GAAAUUUCAGUUUAAGGCCCAAGUAGCUGAAGGAAUGACGACCAAUAAUAGUGAUUUAAAUCAGGGAUGCUCAAGACGCCAGAAUUAGGAUGCUGUAGUCAGGAGGAGAAACUCCCUCCUCCUCCAGCAGCGGAUGAUGUCACCCGGUGGAAUGUUUACAUUGUCGCAGAAACUGACGGCGUUCCAUUUCCAUUGUUGAAUGGUUACAUUGUUUCCCCCGGGGUUCCAUCAGUCUCUGAUCCUCACCACAAGGAUACACACGGGGUCAGACACAGACACAGACGGACCCGGCUUGUCCUGCGGGCCACCAUGAACUGCAGGUCGCAGAUCCUGGAGCUCACCGUGGAAGCCAGGCAAAUCGAGGAGACCGUGCUGGCCGUGCUCCACACCGUGCUUCUGCACCGGAGCUCGGGCAAGUUCCACUACAAGAAGGAGGGCACCUACUCCAUCGGCACGGUGGGCACCGAAGACGUGGACUGCGAUUUCGUCGACUGCACCUACGUGCGGGUCUCGUCCGACGAGCUGGACCGUACGCUGCGUCGAUCCGUAGGCGAGUUUAAGGAUGCCCUUCGUAAUUCUGGAAGCGAUGGGAGUGGUCAAAUCUCCCUUGAGUUCUACCAGAAGAAGAAAUCACGCUGGCCAUUCUCAGAUGAGUGCAUUCCAUGGGAGGUAUGGGCCUUCAAACUCAACGUGGUGAACCUGGCCAAUGAACAGGAGAGGCAGAUCUGCCGUGAGAAGGUGGGCGAAAAACUAGGCGAGAAGAUAAUUAAUAUCAUCGAGGUCAUGAACCGACAUGAGUACUUGCCCAAAAUGCCGACGCAAUCAGAGGUGGACAAUGUCUUUGAUACAAGCCUGAGAGAUGUGCAGCCGUACCUGUACAAAAUCAGCUACCAGAUCACUGAUUCUCUUGGGACAUCCGUUAGUACUACUAUGAGGAGAUUGAUUAAAGACACACUGGCUUUAUAAUCAGUCCAAAAACUAUCAAGAAAGCAGCUGACAACUGUUGCAUUCUUGACUCUUUUCCCUCAAAUUUUCCAUUCUGCUGCUGUUACUUUUCCCUGUUUAGCUAGUCGAUCUGAUUGAAAUAUCAACGGAUCACAUGCAUGAUUUCUUCUGAAAUUUCAUAGAUUCAUGCUUAGCACCUAGAAAAUUUUUCCAAGCUUACAUAUAUUUAUUUUGUUGAAAUAGUCAGGAAACAUUGCACAUUACUAGAAAUGGCUCCAAAAAGAAGUAUUAUUAGGACAGCUAAGUUCAAGAAAUCCACUUUGAUUUAUUCUCUUGAUAAAUCAAAUAACCAAAAUUGUCCCGACCACUGGAAAGCUUCUUGUUUUUGGAGGACUACAGGCAAGGAUGUGGUCAGACUUGCAAACAAUUCUCUUCAAAAUGGAACAGCCAAACAAUGGAACACAUUGCCUAGGCUCCCAUGUAACGAAUUACCACUGAGAGGUAAUUGACAACUGCUGAUAUCUUGAGACUGUUCCCCAGGACGACAUAUUUAAUACAUUCAGGUGAAAACAUACAAUGGAGGAAAAGGGGUUGUAUCAUAAGAGUAUAUGAACAUGUUUGAUAUAUUAGUGGAUGCAGUAUUUUGAAAUUAAUUUUGGAGGCCUGGUUUUAAUUUUUGUAAAGCAUAAUUCUCUGUAAUAAAAUUGAAUAAACUAUAAA